AUGAGCGGACUGCUCAGCGACGACUACGUCGACGCGCGAGCCAGAGAGAUGCGAAUCGCAAGUCUCGCAAAGCGCGUCCUUUUCAUCGGCAAUUCACUCACGUUCUGGAACCAAGGCGUCGACGUCAUGGUCAAAAAGCUCGUGCCCGGCAUCGAGACAAAACGCGUCGCUGUCGGCGGCGCGACGCUCGAGACGCUGUGGAAUAAUGACGAGGCGAAGCUCGCGUGCGCAGCAACCGACGUGGUCGUCUUGCAGGAGGACCUUCCGGAAACGUCUCGCGAGAGCUUCCGGCGGCACGCGAAGCUGUGGUGCGACCACGUCCGCAACCACGGCGCGGAGCCGGUCUUCUACGCGGCCUGGGCCUACGACCGCCUGCCGGCGUUCGACGACGAUGCGAUCUGCGCCGAACACGCGCGCGCCGCUGAGGAGAACAACGCGCGCGUUGCGAACGUCGGCGCGGCGCGGACGGCGGGACCAGGAGGCCUCGACCUCUUCGACGACGAUCGCGAGCACCCGUCUCUUGCAGGGACAUACCUCGCCGCAUGCGUCAUCGCGGCGACGAUCUACGGCGCCGAGGCGCUGCAAGCGCCCAAGGUCUACCGGCCGAAGAACUUGUCCGCGGGCGCGGCGUCUAUGCUCCGAGCCGUCGCUCUGUCUACGUAA